AUGUUUUUUUAUCAUACCCACAUCUAUCUAUCUAUCUAUCUAUCUAUCUAUCUAUCUAUCUAUCUAUCUAUAAAAGUGGACACUGAACUAAGUCUGUCUGUCUGUCUAUCUAUCUAUCUAUCUAUCUAUCUAUCUAUCUAUCUCAUAAUUCGCAUCUAUCUAUCUAUCUAUCUAUCUAUCUCAGAUUUCACAUCUAUCUAUCUCAGAUUUCACAUCCAUCUAUCUAUUUAUCUGUCUAUUUUAGAUUUUACAUCUAUCUCAUAUUUCACAUCUAUCUAUCUCAGAUUUCUCAUUUAUCUAUCUAUCUAUCUAUCUAUCUAUCUAUCUAUCUCAGAUUUCACAUCUAUCUAUCUCAGAUUUCACAUCCAUCUAUCUAUUUAUCUGUCUAUUUUAGAUUUUACAUCUAUCUCAUAUUUCAUAUCUAUCUGUCUAUCUCAGAUUUCUCAUUUAUCUAUCUAUCUAUCUAUCUAUCUAUCUAUCUAUCUCAGAUUUCACAUCUAUCUAUCUCAGAUUUCACAUCCAUCUAUCUAUUUAUCUGUCUAUUUUAGAUUUUACAUCUAUCUCAUAUUUCAUAUCUAUCUGUCUAUCUCAGAUUUCUCAUUUAUCUAUCUAUCUAUCUAUCUAUCUAUCUAUCUAUCUAUCUAUCUAUCUCAGAUUUCAUCUAUCUAUCUCAGAUUUCACAUCCAGAUAUCUAUUUAUCUGUCUAUUUUAGAUUUUACAUCUAUCUCAUAUUUCACAUCUAUCUAUCUCAGAUUUCUCAUUUAUCUAUCUAUCUAUCUAUCUAUCUAUCUAUCUAUCUCAGAUUUCACAUCUAUCUAUCUCAGAUUUCACAUCCAUCUAUCUAUUUAUCUGUCUAUUUUAGAUUUUACAUCUAUCUCAUAUUUCAUAUCUAUCUGUCUAUCUCAGAUUUUCAUUUAUCUAUCUAUCUAUCUAUCUAUCUAUCUAUCUAUCUAUCUCAGAUUUCAUCUAUCUAUCUCAGAUUUCACAUCCAUCUAUCUAUUUAUCUAUUUCUCAUUUAUCUAUCUAUCUAUCUAUCUAUCUAUCUAUCUAUCUAUCUAUCUAUCUCAGAUUUCACAUCUAUCUAUCUCAGAUUUCACAUCCAUCUAUCUAUUUAUCUAUUUCUCAUUUAUCUAUCUAUCUAUCUAUCUAUCUAUCUAUCUAUCUAUCUAUCUCAGAUUUCACAUCUAUCUAUCUCAGAUUUCACAUCCAUCUAUCUAUUUAUCUGUCUAUUUUAGAUUUUACAUCUAUCUCAUAUUUCAUAUCUAUCUGUCUAUCUCAGAUUUCUCAUUUAUCUAUCUAUCUAUCUAUCUAUCUAUCUAUCUAUCUAUCUCAGAUUUCACAUCUAUCUAUCUCAGAUUUCACAUCCAUCUAUCUAUUUAUCUGUCUAUUUUAGAUUUUACAUCUAUCUCAUAUUUCAUAUCUAUCUGUCUAUCAGAUUUCUCAUUUAUCUAUCUAUCUAUCUAUCUAUUAUCUAUCUAUCUAUUUCACAUCUAUCUAUCUCAGAUUUCACAUCCAUCUAUCUAUUUAUCUGUCUAUUUUAGAUUUUACAUCUAUCUCAUAUUUCAUAUCUAUCUGUCUAUCUCAGAUUUCUCAUUUAUCUAUCUAUCUAUCUAUCUAUCUAUCUAUCUAUCUAUCUCAGAUUUCACAUCUAUCUAUCUCAGAUUUCACAUCCAUCUAUCUAUUUAUCUGUCUAUUUUAGAUUUUACAUCUAUCUCAUAUUUCAUAUCUAUCUGUCUAUCUCAGAUUUCUCAUUUAUCUAUCUAUCUAUCUAUCUAUCUAUCUAUCUAUCUAUCUAUCUAUCUCAGAUUUCACAUCUAUCUAUCUCAGAUUUCACAUCCAUCUAUCUAUUUAUCUGUCUAUUUUAGAUUUUACAUCUAUCUCAUAUUUCACAUCUAUCUGUCUAUCUCAGAUUUCUCAUUUAUCUAUCUAUCUAUCUAUCUAUCUAUCUAUCUAUCUAUCUAUCUAUCUAUCUAA